AUGGCGGCGGCCCCGGAUGAGGAGGUAGACCGCAGACCGAUCCGGAGGGUCCGGUCCAAGAGUGACACGCCUUACAUCAACGAGGCGAGGAUCUCUCUGCACCUGGAGACAGCCGAGGAAGUGGAGAGGUUGACAGCGAUGCGCUCUGAUUCGCUGGUUCCCGGCACACACACGCCUCCCAUUCGGCGGCGGAGCAAGUUCGCCACCCUGGGACGUCUGUUUAAACCCUGGAAAUGGAGGAAGAAGAAGAGUGAAAAGUUCAAGCAGACCUCUGCCGUGUUGGAGAGGAAAAUGUCCACUCGCCAGAGCAGAGAGCAGCUCAUCAAGAAAGGAGUGCUGAAGGAGGUUUAUGAGAAAGACGGCUCUUCCUCGGCUGGACUCCAGGAGGUGAAGAUGGAGAACGGGCGUUCUCCGGCGCUCGGCUCCAGCCUGUCAGAGUCUGAAGGUACUGAGCUGAUGGAAGGAGCCGCUGCAGCUGUAGGCUCUCUGGAGUUUCAGAUGCCAAAAGAAAGCGCAUGUCAACAGGACCACGGCCAAAAGCCCAUGAAGAAGUCCUAUGUGUAUCCGGCCGAUUGCGCUGAAUCGACGCUCUCCAGGCCGCCUACGCUACACAAGCAACCUCCUGUGCCGCCACCCAAGCCCUUCAACAGGCUACCUAAUCACAUCGCAGACGGUGCCCCAGUGAAGUUGCCGUGCAUGUCUGCGAAGUUAUCUCCUCCUCUACCUCCAAAGAAGCUCACGAUCUCCAUACCUGCAGGGAGCAUGGAGCCCUCUUCGCUCGCCUUCCAGAAGUGCCCCCCUCACAGCCAUGCCCCAAUGGGCGGGCACUCCCUGCAGUACGGGGGGAUACCCCUCCACCCGCCCAGCCGAAUCAUAGAGGAGCUCAACAAGACCCUUGCCCUUACUAUGCAGAGGUUUGAGAGCUCCAUGAUGCACGGGGUUCCCAAGGUGAGGAUCGAGCGUGACAGCAACAAAGAGAACCUCCCUAACGAGGCGGACUACGAGGAACUGCCUGAGGAAGAGGAAGAUGAUGAUGAGGAAGAAGACGACGACGAUGAAGAAGACGAUGACGAAGACGACGACGAUACGUUGUUUACAAGCGCACUGGCGAUGAAGAUUUUACGAAAGGACUCUCUGGCCAUCAAGCUGAGUAACCGUCCAUCGAAGAGCGAUCUGGAGGACAAAAACAUCCUGCCGAUGCAGUCGGACCAAGAGAAAUCAGAGUCACGACAACAAACGGCGACCAAACUGACGCGGCGAUUGAGUCAACGGCCAUCAGCAGAGGAGCUGGAGCAGAGGAACAUACUCAAACCUCGAAACGAUCUGGAGGAGCAGAAGGAGAAGAGCGAGAUCAUAAGACAUUUGUCCAAAAAGCUCAGCCAGAGGCCCACAGUCGAGGAGCUGAGGGAGGCCAAGAUCCUCAUUCGCUUCAGUGACUAUGUGGAGGUCGCCGAGGCUCAGGACUACGACCGGAGAGCAGACAAGCCGUGGACUCGGCUAACGGCUGCCGAUAAGGCCGCCAUCCGGAAGGAGUUGAAUGAGUUUAAGAGCACAGAGAUGGAGGUGCACGAGUCGAGCCGUCAUUUUACCAGGUUUCAUCGGCCAUGAGAUUAUCAGCCCGAUAAUCGGACGUGCUUUUUAUACUCCCACACCGAGCCUCGAGUGGUCCGACCUGCUGCCCUCAAAC